GGUCAGAGUUUUUUUUAAAAUACUAUCAAGUCAUUCUGUUUCAACGCAUGUCUACUGACGGUCAAAAGUCAUUGUUGUUUUUAAUUACUAUUAUUAUUUAUAACUAAUUUUUUUAAAAUUACUAUCAACUGUCAAACGAAUGCCGCAUUAGGUAAGCAUUUAGAAUGGGUUCCAAUGAUUCGAGAAAACUUUCACGAUGGUAUUUUGGAGGAAUCGCAUCUUCUGGAGCUGCUUGUGUAACCCAUCCACUGGAUUUACUGAAGGUGCAACUGCAAACUCAGCAGGAAGGAAAAAUGUCAAUAGUUAAGCAUACGAUAAAUAUAAUUAAAAAACAGGGAUUUUUAGCUUUAUAUAGUGGCCUCAGUGCUUCUUUAUUGCGGCAGGGAACGUAUUCGACAACAAGAUUUGGAGUUUACGAGGUUGCCAAGCAAGCGAUGGAAAAACCCGAUCAACCAUUACCUUUUUACCAAAAACUAUUGAUUGCUGGUUCGGCUGGUGCUGUUGGUGGUGUCUUUGGUACACCCGGUGAUCUUAUUAAUGUGCGGAUGCAAAACGAUAUUAAAUUACCACCAGAACAACGAAGAAAUUACAAACAUGCGAUAGAUGGGUUAGUAAGAGUAUGCCGGGAAGAAGGUGUUUCGAAGUUAUUUAAUGGCUGUUCAACUGCGACUGGACGUGCUAUUUUAAUGACCAUUGGACAAUUGAGUUUUUAUGAUCAAAUUAAACAGUAUCUCUUAAAUUCUGGUAAAUUUCAAGAUAAUUUAAUUACACAUUUUGCAGCGAGUUUGUCGGCAGGAGCGAUUGCUACGACUCUUACUCAGCCUUUAGACGUUCUUAAAACACGCGCCAUGAACGCUAAGCCUGGAGAAUAUAAGAACAUGGGGCAGUUAAUAUUGUACACCGCAAAAAUGGGACCACUCGGCUUCUUCAAGGGAUACGUUCCAGCAUUUGUGCGUCUAGCCCCGCACACUAUUCUGACCUUCGUGUUUCUCGAACAACUUCGGAUUUACUUUGGUUAUAUACCAACCAAAUCAAAGUAAUAGAUUAGUUAAUUUAUUUAUUUAAAACCUAGAAUAAUUUAAUAUUUAUAAUUUUACGAAAAACCGAGUCUACUGACGAGAUUUUAUUUUCUUCCGACUAUCAGACGAUAAUCACAAGCAUUCCAUCGAGCAAUUGCUUUUAAAAAAUAAUAAUCACAAUAUACUACGAUUACUUAAAUCCUAUCAGAUAAAUGUGAUAUAAAAUAUAUCAGAAUACAUUCCAUAUAAAUAUUUUUACAACGUAUAUGCUGGCAUAUUACGAUAUUUAAAAUUUUUCGAUAAAUAUUUACGCGCACAAAUUAUUGUCCAUUAUUUUUUUAAUGAUAACAGUAAUUAUUAAUUACUCAGUAAAAAAAAAAGUCGAAGAAAAUAAUGAUGUCUACCCAGCAUUUAAAAAUUUCAUAUUUCAUUUUAUUUAUUGACUUUACAACUUCCGAAAUAAUCGACUAUUUUUUUAAGUGUCAACAGUAAAAUGUAUUUUUUAUUUUAGAUUUUUUUAUAUUUAUUUAACGCAUUAAUGGGGCAUGCAUUUAGUUAAGUAUAAGCUUUAAAUAAAUAAAUAGAUAAAUUUGUUAGAUAGAUAGACAAUAAUAAUGUUUAUUGAUAGUUAAUUAACCAUGUUAAAUAAUUUAUAAUGAGCUCUUUCCAUUAGACAAUACAAUGAAUUAAUAUUUUAUUUAUUGUAAACUUAUUAUCAUGUACUGCCUUUUUAAGAAAUAUACAAAAAAGAAUAUCAAGUGUCAUUUAAAAAAAUAUAUUUGCCUAUUUAAAAUAA